AUGAAAGAAGUUUUGUCCUCUAAACUCUGUGAGCUUUGCAAUGACCGAGCCGCUCUGUUUUGUACCUCUGAUUCAGCUUUUCUCUGUUUCCAUUGUGAUGCCAAGGUUCAUCAGGCUAACUUCCUUGUAGCUCGCCAUCUUCGUCUUAUUCUUUGCUCCCAUUGCAACUCCCCAACAAAAAAUCGUUUCUCCCCGUGUUCUCAUAGUCUUAACUCCUCUGCUCUUUGUUCCUCCUGCUCCAGCAAUUUCUCUGCUCAUGACUCCGAUCUCCAUUCUCUUUCCUCCUCCUCCUCCUACUCCUCCUCCUCCUCCUCCUCGUCUACUUGUGUAUCCAGCACGCAUUCCUGCGCUACUACUCAAAAGAACAUAAAUUUCUCCGAUCGAAAGUUGGUGGAUUCCUCGAAAUCCUCAAACGAUUCUUCCGGCGAAGUGAUCAAUUCUGCUGUGGCGUGCCCUAAAUAUGAAGCGCGAUCCAGAAAUGUGAAAUUGAGAGAUCCGAGGGCGGCGAGUGGCGUGUUCAUGCAUUGGUGCACGAAGCUUGGAAUGUGCGGUGAGGAAGGUGCAGUAGUACUGCAGACGGCGUGUGGUGCAUUGGGGAUUUGCUUGGGUCGAUUUAGGGCUUUGCCUUUGCGGGUAGGCCUGGCGGCGUCUUUGUGGCUCGGUUUGAGAAGUAGUGCUGGCGACAGAUCGAAAUCCACGCGUCAACGUUUGAAGAGAUUGGAGGAGAUCUCGGGUGUGCCAGCAAAGCUAAUAUUAGCCUCCGAAUUGAAGCUGCGACAAAUCGUGAAAGCUAACAAGCAACGACAACGUCAAGGAAUGGAGGAAAGCUGGGGUGAAUCUUCGGCUUGA